AUGGAUUUUCAAAGACGCAUGAUAAUUCCAAAUGUAUUUAGACCAAAUGAAGAUUCAUCCUUUGAAGAAUCUACUGAUAAUGAUGUUGAUUUAUCCAUUUUUAUGAAUUUGGAAAAUAUAGAAUUUAAGCGCCAUUUUAGAAUAAUUAAAGCUGCAUUUGAAUGGAUAUGUAGUGAAUUAGCACCUAUAUUAUUACAAAGUACCAACCAAAGAGACGCUCCAAGAAUUCCAAUUGAACACAAAAUUUCUGUGACAUUAUGGUUUUUAGCUACCGGUCAAAGUUAUCGAACUCUUGGACAAUUAUUUGCAUUAGGAGAGUCAACUAUAUGUUAUAUAAUUAGAUCUGUUUUAUAUGCGAUUAAAUGUCAUUUUCUUCAUUCAAAAAUUAGAAAGGCUGGUAUUUCAUAUGCAAUAGAAGCAAUUGAUAGAAGCCAUAUACCAAUUAAAGCACCUAAAAAAGUUGCUAUGGAUUAUUAUAAUAGAAAGGGAUUUUACUCAAUUGUUAUACAAGCAGUUAUAGAUUCGUCUAGUAAAUUUAUUGAUAUUUUUGUUGGAUAUCCUGGUUCAACUCAUAAUAGUAGAAUUUUUCGUAAUUCUUCAUAA